AUCUACAAUUUCCCAAUGUGUUACGCUGUGUGGGCAUUUCAAUCCAUAAAGUCCCAAAAACAUCGACAGUGAGACCAACACAACAACCUCUUCCAUUUGCAGACUAGGCUUCCUUAUGAUUAUGAUGGGAACUACAUGUUUCCCAACUACUAAUGUUCUUUUCAAACCUCAAAAGCUAUCUGGGAAUUUCUCUAUCCUCUGUGAUAACGUUCGCGGUCUCAGUUUCCUCACUCCCAAACCCCACCUUCGAUCCUCUUAUUCAAACUUAGGAAAUGGUGUAAAGUUUUCAUCUUUUUCAAUGUCCAAGACAACCCAUUUGAAGGUCUCACAAGAUGCAUUUUCUCCCACGGAAGAAUCACUCUCUUCCUCUCCUCAGGUAAUUGGAGAACAUGACUUACUCGUUGUGGGUCCCGGGGUUCUUGGUCGUUUGGUUGCUCAGAAAUGGCAUCAGGAAAUUCCAGAUUGUCAAGUUUAUGGUCAGACAGUGACUACUCAUCAUCACAACGAGUUGAUACAAAUGGGUAUAUACCCGUCUUUGAAAUGGACGGAAGCUACUCACAAAUUUCCAAAUGUCAUUUAUUGUGCACCACCUUCCCGCACACCGGACUAUGCUGGUAAUGUUAGAUUAGCUGCAUUAAGCUGGAAUGGGGAAGGUUCUUUCUUGUUUACGUCAAGCAGUGCUCCAUAUGAUUGUAAUGAUAAUGGAACAUGUGAUGAGGAUUCUCCAGUUCUGCCAAUUGGGAGGAGCGCCAGGGUUGAUGUCCUUCUAAAAGCUGAAAAUGUGGUACUGGAGUUUGGUGGCUGUGUUCUGAGAUUGGCAGGACUAUAUUUUUACAAAGAAGAUAGAGGUGCACACAAUUAUUUCUUGGAAAAGGGUACUGUUGAUAGUCGUCCUGAUCACAUCCUGAAUCUUAUACAUUAUGAGGAACAGAUGAUCCUCUAGGAAAAAGAUUAAACAACACAAAAACCCGCCAGGUGGUUGGGUGGGAGCCCAAGUACCCUAGUUUUGCUGGUUUUUUAGAGAGCAGUCUGUGACAAACUCUUGAAUUUGUCUAUUGUUGUUCACUCUGAUUAAUUUGGAAACCACCAUAUAUACAUAAGGUGCUUAGUCAGGGAAUUCUUUCUGUAGAUGGAUAGUUCAUGCAUACCAGUCACAACUAUGAAGUGUGUACAUUUUCCUAUUUCUCCUUGGCAAAAAGGAUGAUCAGUUAUUCAACUGUCUUGAAACUGUUUCAUAUUGCA